AUGAUUACGGAAUACUCCCGCGGCCGCCAAGAUCAGGUCAAGAUACUACAUGCCACGGCGAGGGAUGGUGUGCCGAUUCGAAAUGUGGGUAUAGUCAACGUGCCGACCGUUGGCCCGUUGGACGUACCCCCACCAAACGGCCGCUGGCGCGGCAAGACAAUGCCCACCAGCAUGUCGCUUUUCAGCGCGCAGCUUCAUCCCGGUCGAGCGCUCGGCUUUCUCGUCCUCGGAGCCUCCCUCCACGAUGUCCUGACGAGGCUCAAAGCCGAGCCGCAGCGGUUCCCCAAGAUCGAUGUUGUCCACUCGACGGAAAGGCCCGUCAAGGACCCAGUAUGCAUCGUGCUCCCGCAAAAUGGCAUGCGACUGCGUUUCGAUGGCCCUGAGCAGCGGCUGCGACUCAUCGAAAUUACCGACUUUACAAAGAACCACAUCACCUUCAAAGAUCGUGAUCUGGUGCGACUGCCCAACAGCGCCUCGGAUCCAGGCUCGCCUAUUCCCGGCGAGUCUUCGUCAGGCCCGACAUUUCGACACAUAUACCAGCGACUUCUAGGCCCAACGUAUGCGGGCGAGUUCAUUCCUGCGUCGUCAAGCAGCGGACAGGGCAUGGGCAUCUAUGUGCUGUCGUAUCCUGGAGUGGCAUUCAACUUCCCAAUGGCAGCUUCAGCUUACUCACCUGACAAGGACGUCGUUUCGCUCUUGUCGGCUGCGUCAAGCCAAGUCGCCACGUCCAUGGCCGUGUUCAGUGGAAAUUCCUGGGCCGAUGCGAGGCCCACGCUAUGGACGAAAGUACUACCCAGCAUCAAAUCGUCGACGGUAUUUCCAAGGAGCAAAGAUGUGUACCCUGACGAAGUGUCGUUGGUUCAAAUCUACGGAGGAGGCAAACUACAAAUGUUUCGCAAGUGGACUAGUAGCGGCUUCUGCAUCCAGCUGGGCCAGACUACUCCUCAGGAGCUGGUCAUGGAGUUGGGGCCUCCAAAUGCCAUUUAUCGCAAGAAUGACGAGAAAAUGGACGUUCAUCAAGGACGAGCAGCAGAUGCGUCAAGGGGCCGGAGCGAUAGUGCGAAUGUAGGUCGCGCAGACGAGGCCAUGACAGAUACGGAUCAAUCGUCGAUGAACACGGGCUCGGACGAUUCCGACAACGAGGUCGUUACCGAAGAGGACAGCUCGGGGAAUCCAUCAGGCGAAUGCUUCUAUAACUACUUUUACAUGGGCUUUGAUGUGCUGCUCUCAAAGCCGACGGAGCCAUCCAAGGCCCCACCCGGGCAGCAAAAUGGGACUCUCGAUCCGAUGGUGGUCAAGAUGCACCACCCCGAUCGGCUAGUGGUGAACAAGAUUGUGCUCCACGGAAACAUCCCCGGGUCAUACGAGUUCAACCGGCACCGGCGCUGCCGGUGGGAGAUUGCGUACCCCGGGCGGGAGGACGAGGCGGUGACGUCGGAGAUGGAAUUCGAGCACGUCGAGGCGUUGAUGAACCAGACGUGGGAGAGCGAGCUCCCGGGCGGCAAGUCUCAGACGCGACAGCGGGGUAUGGUCCUUAAUCGGGGCUGGGGCAACAGUCCGGGCAGCAGCUGCGAGUUUCUGGGCGGGUGGGAGGAGAGCGGCGCGCGGCGCGCCGAGACAAACAGUGACUCGACAACGACGCUGUACGGGUUCCCGGGGCUGGUGUUUGAAGUGCUGAAGAACGGAUACAUUAAUACGGUGACAAUUUUCUGA